ACAGCACCACAUUCACGUGUUAUGCUUACCAUAGAUAUACCAUAACAGACUGAACAAGGAAGAAACAAGCACUAGCAGGACGAAACGCAGGAUGGUUCGGUGCUCAGUAGACAGUUUGAAUUAGGCUAGACAGGAAAGAGGUUGCUCUAAGUUUUAUUCAAGUCGUCUUCUAGCAUUUAUCCGUGCAGCGCGAAACAGGGCACAAUGAGGAGAACGAUCGCUAAGCUGUGCCGUGAGCGGUCAAUUUUCGCUAGAUUAAUUAUCCAGUUGAUAGCGGUUUGGCUGAUAUGUUUAGGAAGAUCUGGUGGGCAGAUGUUUAGCGUAUUGUCAGCCAGCGGAUUACCAUCGCAAGGUGAAACCGAACAGAGUGUCAAGGUAGAGGACCUACCAGCCAACUGUUUGGAACGGAUCGUCACCAGUGGCACAUUCGAUGACUACUACCGGCUCGAGGAUAUUGGCAAUGAACCGUCUGAGCAGUACUUGGUCAACCUGAGCUUGACGGUGGUGCUCGGCAACCAGCAGGAAGAGCUGGGUAUACUGCUGUCCGACGAAAAUCGUAGCUUGGCACAUCCGGACUACGCACGCACUUACGAAAUGCGGAUGACGAAUGUCUAUACCGUACUGUAUCGCGAAACGCUCAAGCUACAGGCUUACCACAGCCCUCGUGAUAAGCUUUUCCCCGCUGAUACGUUUCGACUGAGAUUCCUAGUUAGCCACACUGGGAACGUUACGGUGCUAGUGAAUGAACAACGUUCCCCUCGUCCCCUUCUUGCCGUUUACGAUAACCGCCAACCAUUAGCGCUCCACUACAUCAGCUUCUCGUCCCGUAUGAACGCAUAUCCGAUACGGUUCUUCCUAGGGUGUGGUAUGGCUCAAUACACAAACACACUGCCACCUUCAGCGGUUAAUGGAGAGAAUGAGCCCCGAGUGGGCUCAUUGCUGGAGAAUCCGGCUGGACCGUUCUGCCCUGUCUGUCUACCACAGCGCUGUGAGGUGGUCGUUAAGGCGUGCGCUAAUCCUUCACCCGAGCCCAAGGACCUUCUUACCUUGAAUACGAGGGGAGCAGCCGACAGUGAACCGAAGCGCGAAAAGUAUUACUUUUUCUUCACCAUGCAUCUCACGAAAAGCCGCAACAAACCAUCUGGUGGUAUCUGAUGCGUUGCGAUCUGUUGCCAAUCAACAAGCCAAUAACAACGUAGUUUUUUUUUUUUCAAAUGUCAAUGAACAAUCAUAGGUGAUACAUAAUAGUCCCAAUCGAUGUUUUACGCCCUAUUGGGGCAGUUGUCACAAGGCGUCCUUGCUCACGAAAGCCGCACACUCGCACCAAAGGAACACUCAAUCGGUCUCGGUUUGAUGACAGCAGUCUCGCUACAUAUUAUUUAUGGAACCUAUGUGUCCCACUCUUAAACUGCUGUUGAUACCGUUGGUAUGUUUCUACUGCAGUACGAGUAAGCUAUUAUAUGUUGGCGAAAAAGGGAAUAAAAAAAAAGGCAAAAGACAGUGAUAUACAACAAUAAACGCUAUAUGGUCUGGUACAGGUGUCCAGUAGUAGGAUAAAAGAGUGCGCAUCGCGUUUUGAAU